AUGGCCUCACACCACCGCGGCCGCAUCCCCUCCUACCUCGCCACCGCCACGGCCCUCCUCCUUGCCUUCCUCCUCCCGCCGCUGGCCGCUUCCCAGUGGCAGAGCUGCGGCAAGAACAGCAACUUCACUCAGAACAGCACCUACCAGGCUAACAUCCAGGCCCUCUCCACCACCCUUCCCAAGAACGCCUCCUCCUCGCGGACGCUCUUCGCGCUCGCCAGCGUCGGCACUGUUCCGGACAUCGUCUACGCGCUCGCGCUCUGCCGCGGCGACGCCAACGCCUCCGCCUGCGGCGACUGCGUGUCCAACGGCUUCAAGGACGCGCAGCAGCUCUGCCCCUACAGCAAGGACGCCACCGUCUACUACGACCCCUGCUACCUCCGCUUCUCCAACCAGAACUUUCUCUCCUCCACCAACGGCGACAACAGCGUCCUCGUACUGUACAACACGCAGAACGUGACCGUGCCGGUGAAGGUGUUCGACGCCGCCGUGGGCAUGCUCAUAAACGCCACCGCGGAUUACGCGGCCACGAACUCCUCCAGGCGGUUCGGCACAGGGGAGGAGGGGUUCGAGACGAUCGACAAGGCGAAACCCAAGAUUUACGGUCUGGUGCAGUGCAGGCCGGAUAUGUCACCGGCCGAUUGCCGGAGCUGCCUCGCAGAUAUCAUCACGUACAUCCCCCAGUACUUCACCGGGAGGCAGGGUGGUAGGAUCCUUGGAUUACGGUGCAACUACAGGUAUGAGCAGUAUCCCUUCUUCACCGAGCCUUCUCUGCUGCAGCUCCCGGCGCCAUCCGUAGGGGCAGCUCCAUCUCCAGCGCCGGCGAACGUGACGCCACCACCAGUCGUAGGAGGUGAGCUUGGAGAAACAACUUCAGCUUAUUUGCACGAUUCAGUCUUCACACCAGAAGUAAUUCCAUAAUUGAGGGAGAAAAACAGUGAGGUUCGAUCUGCAAAGACCUAGUACGAGUAGCAUAUGCUCCCUCAAUUAUAGACUGUCAACACCAGCCAGUGGCCUUUUUACAGUCUGGUUCAGUUGUGCUAAAAUAAGUAAUCCAAACAGAACUCGGAAUAAAUUUGUUUGUAGGACAGCAGAGACAAAACAAACCUUGGUAAACGAUCAAAGUAUGUAAAUGAGGAAAAGACUGUUCUCAGGCUGGUUGUAAUGAGUAUCAUAGCUAGUAUCAUACAUGCCAACUAGGCAAAUUUAAUGAUGUGUCAUAGAAUUAAAUGAAGAAAGAGAGAGUUGAGUAUCAUAUCAUGAUACUGUAUCAUAAUAAAU